GUUUAAUUUUAAGUAAACAGUCGAUAUUAAUCGAGUUUAUGAAAAGGUUAUGUUGUAGUACCUCUUUGUCAAUAAAGAUAAUUCAAAUUCACGCGCAUGCGUGUUGAGAACCCAUUCAAUCUUCAGCGGCGUGAGCACAACGUCGAGGUGGGGCUUGGCUGGGGUCUCUACAGUGUUUACUUUGCCCACUGUUUGAGUACUUCGAGUAUUUGACAACCCUGCAAAGAUGGAUUUCCAGCACCGAGCUGGGGGCAAGACGGGGAGUGGUGGGGUCGCCUCCACCUCUGAAAGCAACCGAGACAGGCGAGAACGGCUGCGCCAGUUGGCUCUGGAGACCAUUGACAUCAACAAAGAUCCAUAUUUUAUGAAAAAUCACUUGGGCUCAUACGAGUGCAAACUUUGUCUAACUCUUCACAAUAAUGAGGGCAGCUAUUUAGCUCACACUCAAGGAAAGAAACAUCAGACCAACUUGGCAAGAAGGGCGGCUAAGGAGGCAAAAGAAGCUCCUGCUCAGCCAGCUCCGGAGAAGGUGAAAGUUGAGGUUAAGAAGUUUGUAAAGAUUGGACGACCUGGAUACAAAGUCACCAAACAGAGAGAUCCAGAGAGUGCUCAGCAGUCCCUGCUCUUCCAGAUCGACUACCCGGAGAUAGCUGAAGGGAUCGGACCCAGACAUCGCUUCAUGUCUGCUUAUGAACAGAGAAUCGAGCCGCCAGAUCGCCGCUGGCAGUACCUCCUUCUUGCUGCAGAGCCAUAUGAAACCAUCGCCUUCAAGGUUCCCAGCAGAGAAAUUGAUAAGGCAGAGAACCGCUUCUGGACCCAUUGGAACAAAGAAACCAAACAGUUCUUCUUACAAUUCCAUUUCAAAAUGGAGAAAUCCAUCUCUCAGUCCAGUGGGCCGGUGCCUCCAGCAAACAUUAAACGGCCUCCUCCGCUCAUGAGUGGGAUGGGCCCUCGUCCGCCAAACGAGCCUAUGCCGCCACCCCCGCCAGGGGGGAUGUCUCAUCCUCCUCUCCCUCCCGGUGCUCCAGGCGGUCCCCAGAUGCCCCCCCAGAUGCCCCCUCAGAUGCCCAUGCCUCCCAUGCCAAUGAGGCCCCCUCCCCCAGACGGUCUCUCCAUGGCUAACUGACGGAGCGGUUGCCUUGUUAGGAUUGUGAUAGCCCCCCUCGUUUGACGUUGCCAUUCCCUGCUGUCUUGGUUCGGAAGUUCGAUACUUUAUUGGAGAAAUUUGAGUACUUAUGAUUAUAUUCGAGCUCUACCACCUUUGUGGUAGAAGUCUGUGACGGUAAUGUGAUGGCGACAGUAUCAAUGUUUGGUCCGAAUGUGGACGCUCUGGUUUAAGGGCCAGCCCUUUCGAUUUAACAUGCUUUUUAAUAUGUUGUUUUCGUAAUUAAAUAUUUUAAAACAAAGUAUAGGUGUUGUGUUGCGUCAUUGAUAGACAAGUAAACUUCAACAAAUAACAAUUCCAUUGCCUUUUAAUGAAUAUCAAGAUCAGCUCCAUUGACACGUUAUGUCAAUGGAAUGUACUACACUUUUCACUUUUUAUGUUGAGUACUCAACAUUUUUAUUUCAAUUUCCAAGUAUAACAUCAUAUUCCAGAUUGUUGUCCUAUUAUCUUGGCAUCAGACAUCUUUAUUUGUGGCAGACUUUCAAAAGAUUUUGUGGAACAGUAUGAUACUCAAAAUCAAUGGUUUCGUGUGGAGGCCAAGAUGUUGGCGAAAAUACUGUUAAUGGCAAUAUAACAAUGCCAAGGAUCGAUUUCAUGUUAACCCUGGUGGCCUUCAGUCUUCUUUCUUCAUCUGGCCUCUGCUCUUAACAGGUGUGUCCCCGUCUCCCUCUACCUCGUCCACAUCACCCUCCUCUGUCUCCUCGAGGCUAUUCGUCUCCUUUAGCUUGUUCUUGACGUCAACCUUCUCUGAGUCAUCUCUUGUCCUCUUUCUUCUCCUAUCCUUUAAUUUGUUUUCUCUUGGUUUCAUGAGAUUUUCUAGCAGCGGUCUGUUCCUGUGGCUUCUUGAAAUUUUGUCUGCCGCUCUUCUCUUUGACCUCCCUCUAUUGAUUUUGCCGCUUUCCUCGUCUUCAUCUGUCAAGUC